AUGUUCGGCGGACCACCACCACCACCCUCCGCAGAGGAGCUUCGCCAGCAAGAGCUCCUUGCAACUGCGACCAUCUACCAGUUCGGCAUCAUCGCGACCCUGCUGUACUUCUCACCCUUCGCAGUCGAUGCUGUCAAGAAGCUCGUUUAA